CAUCUCCCCAAUGCAAAAAAUCCUCAUCGUCUUCAAACCCUUAGUUUUCUUCCUCUAUCUUAUUCUAUUCGAUCCGUUUGAUAGUUUAGAAUUAGAAAAAAAAUGGAACAAAAACUGGAGGAAUUAAUGCCAAAAAGGGCAUAUGUGACAUUUUUGGCAGGGAAUGGGGACUAUGUGAAAGGAGUGGUGGGUUUAGCUAAGGGUUUAAGAAAGGCAAAAUCUGUAUACCCUUUGGUGGUGGCAAUGUUGCCUGAUGUUCCAGAGGAGCAUAGGGAAAUCCUUAAAUCUCAGGGAUGCAUUGUCAGGGAGAUUGAGCCUGUGUAUCCUCCGGCGAAUCAAACGCAGUUUGCCAUGGCCUAUUAUGUCAUUAACUACUCCAAACUUCGUAUUUGGGAGUUUGUGGAGUAUGGCAAGAUGAUCUACUUGGAUGGAGAUAUACAAGUAUUUGGCAACAUUGAUCACCUCUUUGACAAUCCCGACGGCUACUUCUACGCGGUUAUGGACUGCUUCUGCGAAAAAACUUGGAGCAAGACUCCUCAGUCCAAGAUAGGUUAUUGUCAGCAGUGUCCAGAAGAGGUCCAGUGGCCAACCGCGGAGUUGGGUCCGCCUCCUCCUCUGUACUUCAACGCCGGCAUGUUCCUCUUCGAGCCGAAACUCUCAACCUACAAUGACCUCUUGGAGACACUCAAGCUCUCUGUUCCUACUUCAUUUGCAGAGCAGGACUUUCUGAACGCAUACUUUAGGGAUGUCUACCGCCCUAUCCCUCCCAUCUACAACCUUGUCUUAGCCAUGCUGUGGAGGCAUCCUAACAACAUAGACCUUGACAAUGUCAAGGUUGUUCACUAUUGUGCUGCGGGAUCAAAGCCAUGGAGGUACACAGGAGAGGAAGAGAACAUGGAGAGAGAGGACAUAAAAAUGCUGGUAGAGAAAUGGUGGGAGAUUUACUCAGACGAGACAUUGGAUUACAAGAACAGCACAAAGGAUAUUGGGUCGUCUGAACCUUUCAUUCUGCAGAUUCCUGAGGCUGGUGGUGUAGACCACUAUAUCUCUGCUCCAUCUGCAGCCUAAACAUUCCAGGAUUAACAAGGAUAUAUCUAUAACUAUAAUAAGACAACUGAUUGUUGUUCGAAGAAGUUGAUGAAGUGCGUUUAUAUAUAUAUUGGAAUCUAGAAAUUAUAGUGUUUGAAAUUGCUAUUGAGAAUAUACUCUUAAUUUGUAGCCAAAUUUAUUUUGGCAAAGUAAUGUUACGAUGCUAUUGCUAUGAACUUUUCCAGUUGAUA